GGGGCAGGGGGGCGCUCCCCGGGCGGGCGGGGGACUCCGCGCGCCUCCCCCGGCGGCUGGAGGGGCUCGUCCGUAGCCUCUCUGCGCCCCUGCCCGGGCUCUCGAGGCUUCCGUUUGGUCUUUGGGAAGUGGAGCGGGUCCCCACGAAUGACUCCUAGCUGGCCUUUGCAACUUUGACAGUGUGUGUGGCCUUAGGGUCUUCCCUCCCCCUCCCAUCCUCAAAGAGAGACGGGGGGGGGGUGUCUUGGUAUGUAGUGGAAAGAGCGGGAAUUUGGAUCUCAACUUUGCAUCUAGCUCGAUGGGCCUCCCGGGAGCUGGCCCUUUUGUGAGUUUGAACAAGGUACGCGUCCUCUUCCUCAUCCGGAGUGGGGUGGUCGGGCUCUGGCAGGGCUAAGGGAAGCCCUCUGCCCUGCCGCUUUGGCCCCCAGGGCUCUGGCACCUCCAGGCCUUAGAGGCGAUGCGGAGUCGGGUCCCCAGAGCGGUAGCCUGGGAGGCGUGAGGGACCUGACUGGGCUGGCCUGGGGGGGCCUCCCAGGAGCCAAGCUCUGGUUUCCUAGCUCUGGCACCACGGACCCGCUACUCCCUGCUCUCAGCUAUUUUCUUUUCCUUAAAAUGGGCUUAUUAGGAAGAUUGCAUGAGAUAAUGCACGUGUGAAAACACCUGAUAGUGUUGUGAUUCUAAUUAUUUCAGCUACUAGUACCUUUUCAUCUGGUUCAGGCUUUGCCGGUUAAUUUCCAGUGGGUGAGUGUAAAGGCCCACUGGCUAGGUGAUCUAGGUUUGCUUGACCUAUGUCUGUAAUUGGGAAAAAGUACCCUGCAGAGAUAAAUCAAAACAAUUAACUAGCAACUGAUUGUUUAAACUUUCCAGCUGCCUGUCAUCAAAUUUGUUGAGCUUGCUUAACACCUGAGAGAAUGCUUCUUAAUUGGUGCUGUUUCUGUAAACCUGCUCGCUUAAAGAUUGUAACCGAAACGGGGGUCCGAGGCUGGCCCCAGACCCCACAGCUGUGGAAAAGAUGAUACAAUGUUGUUUCUACCACCGUGCCUAAAGUCAGGUAGCUCUAACUUAGGAUAGUAUGAAACCUCCCUGCCUUUUCGGCUCAGUACCAUUCUCUGUACCUGUACCCGAACCGGGCAGGGGGUGGGCACUGGCCAGCUAAUAAAGACUCCCAAUUUGGCUCAAUUCAGUCUCCAGGUGGUCAUUUCUCACACUCCGCACUGUAACAGUGAGAUUGCUAGACCCUCCUCCCCAGGAUAAGGCAGUGUUUUAAAGACAAAAUACUACUUUACAUAGUAGAUACUACUAUUUUAAGGAACGGAGCAGAAGGAUUACAAGAUAUUUGGUAGAAAGCAAGUAUGAGAAGCGCAUUUGUAAGUUGGAGAGUGACUGGUCUCCCCGGGUUGGUCUGGGCUGGGCUCGGUUUGGACAUCACCCUGAUACCCAGGCUGGCAGGUGGAUACCAGCUGGGGCCUCACUGUACCCUUCUGUCCUGGCAGGACAGAGCGAGAUGCCACCAGCUGGUCCAAAGGGAAGCCCCGGGAGCUCCUGGUGGGCAUUGCUGUGGAGAACAAGCCCGGCCGCUGCGAGAUCAGUGAGCGGAAGCAGGUGGAAGGCGAGGCUUCCUGCAGCAGCCGCGCGAGGGAAAGCUGGUUUUCUCUGAGUGGAACAUCAGACUGAGCUGGAAAGAACUCCUGCUGUGGGCCCGGAGCUGACUUGCCCCUGAAUUGGUGUUAGUAGUUCCUGACGCUCUGGCUCUCGCCACACUUAGCGCUCCUUCCUCCCUGCACUCAGCUGUGGAGAGCUCAUUGCUGUCAGCUGGGCCUGAGUGGCCGCCUGGUGUGCUCUUCCCCAGACAGCUGCCCGCCUCUUCAGGCCCCUGGCACCCAUUAAUCUACUUUCUGACUGUGUGGAUUUGCCUCUGGACGUUUUGUGUAAAUGGAAUCGUACAGCAUGUUUCGGUGCUUCGUUCCUUUUUAUAGCCGACUGAUGUUCCAUCGUGGAGAAAACUGCGGGACAGGAAGAGGAACAUGGGUUACAGACCCCACGCCUCCCUCGGGACACUGGCCCUGGGUUCACACGGGCUCUCAGCAGCCAGGGCCCACCUGGCCUCCUUGCCCGCUCACCUCCCAUGGGGGUGUGGGGCAGGGUCGAGCAGUGGCACCUGGUGAGGGAGGCGGGUGGGCUGUCAGGUGGGGCAGUUUUGCAUAAAACCAGUCGUGACUUUUUAAUUGAAGAACUCGUUGUGUUCAUUUAGGUGUCAUUAAAGAAGCUGGCCUGAAGCACAAGGGAUUGAUUGAAAUACCCAGUCUUUCUGAGGAAAAUGAAGUAGAUGACACUGAGGCAUCUGCUGGAGUUUCCUUUUUUUUUUUUUGCAUUCAAGCUUCUGCAGUAGACAUUGUACAUUUGAAAAAAUGUUUAUCAGCCUGCGUGAUUCCAGUGUGGUAGCUCUGGGUGUUACCAGGCUAAACGUGACGAUGUGUGACAGUAAAGCGCUGAGCAGCUUGCACGGCUCGGUGAAUGUGAACGUGAGUAAAAAGAAAGGAGAUGGGGAUAUACUGAAGGAUCUUAUGAAAACUGCAGGCACCGCCAAGGUCAGGGAGGCCCUUGGAGAUUACCUGAAGGCACUCAAGACAGAAUUUACAAUGGGAAUGAUUUUACCAACGAAAGCUAUGGCAACCCAAGAAUUGACUGUUAAAAGGAAACUGAGUGAGAAUACCUUGCAGGUUCAGGCCUCAUCUCCAGUAGCACUGGGUGUAAAGACUCCCACUGUAGCUCUGCACAUGAUGGAACGGUUUGAUACAACUGUAGAGCGGCUGUACAGUGUCUUCACUGUGAAGGACUUAACAAAUAAAAAGAUCGUCAUGAAAUGGAGAUGUAGUCAUAAAUGGAGAUGUAGUAUCUGGCCAGAAGAACACCAUGCAAUAGUUGUACUGAAUUCUGUGCCUACUGUAGGGCAAACGGAAUUACAACUGGACUGUAAAGGAGUUCCUGUCUGUAAAGAAGAGAACAUGAAUUGUUGGCAGAAGCAGCAUUUUGAAGAAAUAAAAGGUUUACUGCAGCUGACGACCCUAAACGGUUAAGAUUUCAUAAGGGCAUUACUUUUUGUAAGCAGAAAAAGUGUUAAUUUUUAUCUCUUCCCUAGCCUUCCUUUUAAGAAAGAAAAUCUCUUAUUUUCUAUUGGAUGAAAUCCAUGAACCUAUUCAGAAUUUAAAGCACUGUUUGACUUUUCACUAUAACUGGACUCUGCAUUGAAUUAAAAGUAGCAAGCAACCUGAAAUUCAGUAUUAAUAACCUCACCUUUCAUAGAUGUUCCUCUGAAAAUAGGUCAAGUCCCUGAGUGCAGAUAGUUGGUAUUUCCCAAGCUUUCAACUAUAGUUUUAGGUUCAAGAGAACAAAAAAUAAAUGGCAUGUUGGUACUAGUCCAUUUUACUUUAGGGUUUUUAAGGUAUGUGUGUAUCGCUUAGGUAGUAAAACAGUGGCAUGUUGCAUUCAAAAGCAUGCUCGAGUGAGGGCAUGUUGGCUGCGUUCUGUUCCACCUCUCCCUGCCGUCUGUGGUUGGCCCUGGAGGUAUUAUGCACUUUAGGGUGGAGAGGACAGCGACGUCUGUGGGGCUAAGUUACUGUUGUGGACUGCCAUUAAGACUUCUAAUGAAGUUGAAUAUAAUGGGUAAGUGCUGCCCCCAUUCACGGCUUUCUCAUUAGACCGAAGCAACGUAUGUAAACCAAUGAAAAGUCAUCACAAUCAGUUUAAUUAAGUGCACAGAAUAGCAAUCAGUCAUGUCAAUAAAAAUAAAACAAUUAUUUUUA